ACUCCUCUCAUUUCAAGUCAAUGCUGUGGAAGAGAGCCAAAGAUCAGUAAUAACUAAUACUUUUUCACAGUGCAGUCCAAAUCAUCUCACCAUGUUAGUUUCAAUUGCACUGCUAUGCCUCUGCCUUUUAUUUCUUAUUCUUCAACUCAAAUCCAAGAGGCCGAAGAACUUCCCACCGGGACCCCCAGUCCUUCCCCUGGUGGGGAACACUUUGCAGUUGAGUUUGGAGAACCCCUUACAGGACUUUGAGAGGCUGAGGAAGUCUUAUGGAGAUGUCUACAGUAUUUUCAUCGGCCGUAAACCAGCUGUAGUCAUCAAUGGGCUGAAGGCCGUAAAGGAGGCGAUGGUGACUAAGGCUGUUGAUUUUGCUGGACGACCCCAAGACUUGUUUGUUAAUGAUUUCACCAAGAGUAAAGGAGUAAUUUUGGUCGAUUAUGGCUCUAAUUGGAGGGAACAUCGUCGCUUUUCUUUGAUGACUUUGAGGAACUUUGGUCUGGGGAAGAACUCGAUGGAGGACAGGAUUCAUGAAGAGAUAAAAUACAUCGUUAGAACCUUGGAAGACAGUGUUGGUAAAACCAUGAGUCCUCAAGUUAUGUUUCACAAUGCGGCUUCCAACAUCAUCUGCCAGGUCCUGUUUUCUACACGCUACGAGUAUGAUGAUGCGCUAAUCAAACAGAUUGUUCAGUGCUUCACUGAGAAUAUCAAGAUGGCCAAUGGACCGUGGGCUAUGCUCUAUGACACUUUCCCCAUAAUUCGUAACCUGCCACUGCCCUUCCAAAAGGCCUUUGAGAAUAUAGAGACUUUAAAGAAAAUUGCAAUUGGUUUGAUCAAUGAGCACAAGAAGACCAGAGUACCUGGAGAGCCACGAGAUUUUAUUGACUGCUAUCUGGAUGAACUGGAGAAGCGAAGCAAUGAUAGGUCUUCAUUCUCAGAGGAGAAGCUCAUUAUGAAUGCUUUAGAUCUUCACCUUGCUGGGACUGACACCACCUCCAACACCCUCCUUACUGCUUUCCUUUACCUUAUGAACUACCCACACAUACAAGAAAGAUGUCAGCAGGAGAUAGACGACGUGUUGGGAGGGAAGUAUCGGGCCAGUUUUGAGGACAGACACAAGAUGCCUUACACACAGGCUGUGAUUCACGAGAUACAGAGAGUUGCCAACACUGUUCCUCUCAGUGUCUUCCACUGCACCACUAAAGACACAGAGCUGAUGGGCUAUUCCAUUCCCAAGGGAACAAUGAUCAUCGAGAAUCUGACCUCAGUGCUCAGCGAGGAGGGACAGUGGAAAUUCCCUCAUGAAUUCAACCCUGAAAACUUCCUUGAUGACAAAGGAGAGUUUGUUAAACCAGAGGCCUUCAUGCCUUUCUCUGCAGGUCCUCGGGUGUGUCUCGGGGAGGGUCUGGCUCGUAUGGAGCUCUUCCUCAUGAUGGUGACUCUGCUGAGGAAGUUCAAGUUCAUCUGGCCCGAGGACGCAGGAGAACCAGACUUCACUCCAGUCUUUGGAGCCACUUUGACUCCCAGCCCUUAUCGCAUGAAGGUCCAACUCAGGACCGCGCACUGAAGUGGCGUGCACAGGUGGAAGAUGCAGAAAGAAAAAGUGCCACUUUGUUUUGAAAACCUAUUUAAUUAGGAAUGCUGUACUUUUGCAGUAGUUUCAAUAGCUUUAACUGGUUCUACUGGGAAAAUUCCCCUGAGAUGUUUUUAACAUAAUGAUUCUCAAACUGUGGGACAUGGAGCCUCUGCAGGUGGGGCGUGGAUGACGAGGGGAAUGAUGAGAAAAAAGAUAAGUUGAUUAGUAUCUGUUGAGUGGUAUUUAUUGAAACUCAGCUGAUUAGAUGAAAAUGGUGGUGGAGUGAGACGUGCUUUGGGCUUCUGUCUAGUGUAUUAAAACACUAGACAGUCUCUAAUAAAUAUGCCAAACUCAUACUUGUCUUAAUCCUUUUUAAAUCACUUUUGCAAACAUUUUGCUUUGGAGCUCCUUGAUAUUAGAUAUUAUUCAUAACUCUUGACUUACUCUGAGUCAGUAUAAAUGGAAGCAUCACUGAGGCUACGAACAACUCCGAAUGCUACAGUCACUUACAUUAUUCCUCUUUCCAUUAAAAAGGUGCAACUCUAAAAACACUUUAAAAAACAAUGAAUGAUAACCAACAGCAGGUGAUGGAGGUAUGCUUUGGAGACCUGUCAUCAAAGCAUGCAAAUUAAAUGUGUACCAGCUGCUGCAGCAUGGGUGCUAUUGUUGUUGUUGUUGUUGUUAAGUGUGUGCAACAGUGUUGUCACAGCAAAACGUUGUCCUUUAGACGUCUCAUGUAGCAGAAAAAAUGAGUGAAACUUUUCUCCUUUGGCCUUACUGUCUUUGAACAGGUUUUGUCAACACAACCACUCAAGAUGUGUUGAAAACUUUACACACGAGGGGAACACACCAGUCUUCUGUCUUUUGUUUACUAGCACAAGUUAAAAAGAAAUAAUCAUGUCACUGUGCGACUGACCGUCAGAGCCAGACUUUGGCCGUUUAGCACAACUGUUACUGUUCAAAAAACAGUUUGAAGUAAUAACGUAAAAUACAUUUAUUACAGUCAUUCCUUGAACUGCACUGUGGCCGCUAAAGUGAUUCUUCUUCAGUUUUCAAGAUGGCGCCAGUGUUCACGGCGGGCCGUCUCUUCGACUUCUGUUUGCUGUUCGUUAUUUGUUCUUUUUUGUGUUGUCCUGGUGUCUACACGCUUUUCACAUAUGAUCGUCAAACUCUUCUGAAUCUUAGGCCUUUGCAUCACCAAACACCUGAUCUGAAGUGGAAUUCAGAAAAUUUACCCUCGCUACCUACGCCGCUUACCUUUUUCUCCUCCACACAAGAAGCGAUCUAGGAGACGGGGUAAACGAGGUGUUCUCCGUGUUCGCAUCAAGGCUUUUCGAAAUCCUCAUAAUGUGGCUACUUGCAGUGCUUUCAUGGACACCCUACCACCUUCCCGUGCUCACUGGGAUCACUCAAGCCACAGAUUGUUCUGUCAUCGCUGGAUUCGCCCUGUUGGACCUCAUGCUCCCGUGGACCUGCCAGCUGAGCCUCCACCCUUUCGGAGUUGGGUACGGUCUUCCAGAGCCGGUGUGAACCACAGCAACCUUCGCCACCUGAGAUAUGUUCCAGCCAGCAAAAAUGUGACCCCCCCCCCUCCAGAUGGCCCUGCUAAACACAAGAUCACUGGCAAAUAAAACUUUUGUCCUAAACUACUUUUUUCUCUCAUCGGCGUUGGAUUACUUUUUCCUGACGGAAACCUGGCUUCAUCCCGGUGAGUUCUUCUGCUUCUCGUAGCUUCUCCCUUCUGACUGUGCUUUUAUUAGCUUCACCCGAAUUUGUGGCAGAGGUGGACGGCUAGCCUCGGUUUUUGGAAAAAGAUUUCGAUGCUGGCAACUGCCUCCUGUCUUGUACCCCAGCUUUGAGGUGAAGAUAUUGGAGCUAAACUCUGUCCCCUCAAUUCUUUGUGCUGUGGUGUACCGUCCUCUGAAAUUCAAUAAGGAUUUUAACGUUGAAUUUACUGACUUACGAGGAAGGUGAUCGUAUUCUAAUUGUUGGCGAUUUCAACAUCCAUGUUUGCUGUGAGACUGGACCACUAGUCAAAUACUUCCUUACCCUUAUCAACACUUUUAAUCUCACUCAAUGGGUUAGAAAACCAACCCACAUAAAAGGACAUAUGCUUGAUCUGGUAUUGUCGAAUGGCUUAGUUAUUUCCAUUACAGAUAUCAAGGACUCUGGAAUUUCAGAUAAUUUUCCGGUCAUGUUCGAUGUUUCAGUGUGUAAUGUGGAGCUGAGACCACUGCUCAUUUCCCCGCUGCUUUUAUCAACUCGGUCCUUUGUUAUGCUAACAGUAAUAAUGAUCUUUCGGUUGAUGAGCUCACUAAUCUGCUUAUCUCAGCUUGCUCCUCUAUUCUCGAUACCGUGGCUCCUCUAAGGACUAAGCGCACUAAACUGUUACAUCAACCCUAGUUGAACGAAACUACAUGCGCUCUCAGACGCGAAUGCCGUCACACUGAGAGAAAAUGGAAAAAGCACAAACUUCAGGUCUCUUUUGACAUCCUACAAAAUUGUUUAUCAAAAUAUCAAAAGACUGUUAAAUCUGCCAAGUCUGCCUUCCUGUCAGGUAUAAUUGCAAAAAACAGUCACAAGCCUCGAGUCCUUUUUCAAAUCUUUAACUCUAUGAUUAACCCUGAUGUCAUUACUCGUAGAGAUGCUUAACCUGCACUCUGUGAUAACUUCCUCCAGUAUUUCACUGAUAAAAUCUCAGCCCUAAGGCCUCCAUUUUUGCCUACAUUGGCUGACCAAGUUCCUGCUUCUCAAGUUCAGAUUGUUUUUCAGCAGUUUGAGUGUCUUUCUCCACCUUAAAGGAGAUAAUUGGUCACCUUAGAAUUUCUCACUCCCCACAUGAUAUUCUUCCCUCCUGCAUCUUCAAGGAAGCUUUGAACACCAUUGGGCCUGAACGCAUCACUGUCAUCAGGUUGUGUGCCGAUUGCCUUGAAACAUGCUGUUGUUAUUAUUACUUGACCCUAGUGCUCUCUCCAGUUACAGGCCAAUUUCCAAACUCCCUUUUAUGUCUAAAAUUUUGGAAAAAGUAGUUAUUAAGCAACUUCAGUCCUUCUUAGACGCUAACAAUAUUGGUAAGUGGUAAGUAAUAAGUUCCAGUCUGGUUUUAAGGCUCGCCACAGUACAGAAACGGCUUUAGUAAGUUUUUAAUGAUUUACUUUUAACUGGCGACUCAGGCUGCUCUGUGGUGUUGGUUUUACUGUAUUUGACCUCUGCAUUCAAUACGGUUGAUCACAUUUUAUUAUGGAGGCUGGAGCAUGUUGUUGGUCUCAAAGAUUUAAAUCAUGUCUUUCAGAGAGGACUUGCUAUGGGCCAGUACUCUUCUUCUUCUGCCCCUUUGGCUAUCACAAAACAUUCUCACUUUGAAUGAAAAUAAAACUGAAGUAAUUGUCUUUGACAGUCAUACCCCUCUGGGUCAGUUCAUAGACACCCUUGGUCUUCUUGCCAGCUUCUCUCUCACACGUUGAGAAACCUUGGAGUGUUUUUGGAUAGCUGUUGAGAGAAAACUCAGGAGGCAAGAAACACAGACUCAGCGAUAUUGCAUGUACAUGGACGAAUGUCCCAACACAGCCUCACACAGUGACGUGUAUGAGACGAGUCACGGAGGAUUCGUGCCGGAGCAUCAGCUUGCUCUUUAUUAUAUAGUCAGUUCUUACAUAGCAUAUUUCAGGGCGCCACCCCUUGUGAGUACGGAAACAACUCCUUACAAGGCACUGGAGUGAUAACCAUAAAACAUAUAUGUUCAACUGUCACAACAGGAACUGGUCAAGCUUAUCUCAGUAAACUCAGCAAAGGGUGAGGCUUCCUAUAGCAGCUUCCUCAUGCAAGCUUUGUCAGCAAACACAGUAUAUGCAAGAGUUUAAAUGAGGCUAAACAACUAGGGAUUUUUAACUACAAUAAAGCAUAAUACAUAUAAAAAUUCUUUAACAAUAGCUCUCUUAAAUUGGACAAGCCAGUGUCCUCAGUAGUAAAAACUACCUUUUAUCAGUUGCGUUUGAUAUCAAAGGCACUUAUAUUCCUUUAAAAGUACUUGAAAAACGUAUUCAUGCAUUUAUCACCUGUAGACUGGACUAUUGUAACUCUCUAUACCUGGGCCUCCAACAAUCCUCCCUCUACCGCUUGCAGUUAGUUCAAAAUGCUGCUGCACGCUUUCUAACAGUAUGAUGAUAGUAUGAUCAUAUCACCCCAGUUCUGGCUAAUUUGCACUGGCUCCCCCUUAGAGCAACCUAGACCCCGGCUGAAGUCCAGAGGUGCUCGGGCCGUUGCAAUUGCAGCACCUACACUCUGGAAUAGUCUUCCUGCUUCUAUUCGCACUUCUGAGUCUAUACUUCUUUUAGAUCGCAUCUUAAAACUCAUUUUUUUACUUUGGCUUUUGCAUCAAAUUAGUUUCAACUGUCAUCAGGCCUGUUUUAUGUCUGUCACCUUUGAUGUUUGUUGGUGUGUUUGUUGUUUGUUUGUUAACUUUUAAUCUCUUGCUGUUUUUUGCUGAUUGUUAAGCACUUUGAUCAACCCUGUUGUUUGUAAAUGAAUAAACCUGGACCUGAUCCUGA